UAUAUAAGAGAAAAAAUAUUUUUAUGAAAUAAUGUAAAAAAUCAAUUUUUCGGGAAUUCGUUUUUAUAAAACAAAAGAAAAAAAGAAGAAAAACAAAAGAAAAAAAAAUUUUUUGAAAGGAAAAUUAAAAAACAAAGAAAGAAAAAAGAGAAAAAAUUUAAAGUUAUAAAAUCAAAUUUUAUUUUUUUUCUUUUAUUUUAUUAUUUUCUUUUUAAAAUAGUUUAAGGAUAUGGCCAGAAAAAUAUCCUUUAAUGUUGUAUUUGCUUCUGAUGAAGAUCCUUCGUUUCCAUCAAGUGAAUUAAAUUCACAUGGACCUUCUGUUCAUGGUUGGAGAAGUUUGCCUGGUAGUACAAUUACCCCACAUGAUAUUGUAUUAAGAUUUCAUAAACCGGCACAAAUAUGUCGAAUUCAGGUGUUGGCCCACCAAUAUUUAAUACCUCAAAAAAUAGAAUUAUGGCUCCAUUAUUCGCCAAAAAGUAUACCAAGUACUCCAUCCAGCCAAUAUUUUGAUUUUUUAGGUUUUAUAGCACUCUCUGAUAAUUCAGCAACAAAUUAUAAAUCACGUGAAUUACAAAGUGUUACAGUAACACCACGUAAAGGAACACAUUUAAAAUUACGUUUAAGUUCACCGCAUCCAAAUCAUUUGAAUACUGAAAAUCAAAUUGGUUUAAUUGCUGUAAAUGUUCUAGGUACAACAAUUGAAUUACCGCCACCAUCAACUUCAACAACAUCAUCAGUAUUACCGAUAACAACAUCAACAUCAACAUCAGGAACAACAUCAAAUACAACAACAACAACAGCAAUUGGUGGCAAUAAUUUAGAUACUAAUAAUGAUACAAUAACAAAUAAUUCAAAUAAUACAACACAAUUAAAUUCACAAUCACAAAAUGCACCAGCACCAAUUGAAAUUCCUAUAUCUGAUACCGGAGAGCCAAUAUUAGCAUCAAUCUGUGAUGAUUUAUUAUUUAGUAUGUAUGUUGAAGAGAGUAUUGCUGAUAUUAUACGUGAAAUGGAAAUAAAAAAAUCUAAAGCAGUUAAUGAUGAACGUUUCGAAUAUGCUAGAAAAUUAAAAUUAUGUAUGACAGCAUUAAAAAUAGCUGGUGAACGUUUAGGACGUUAUUCACUUGCUAAAAGGCAAGCAGUACAACAAGAAGAUUUUACAACAGCAAAAUUACGUAAAGAACAAAUUCAAAUGUAUAGAAAUUCUGUAUUAAAACAUUUACAAGUUGAUAUAUUACUUGAAAAAUCUGGUCAACAAAAUACUGAUAAUGAUCAAGCAUGUGAAAUAUAUGCAAGUAAACCAACACUUCCAUCCCCACCAAGUUUACAAGAUGUUGCAACAGCAUUAUCUGAAGCACAUUAUACAGCAACAUUAAGUCCAAGAAGUAUACAAGAUGAUAAAUUAUCAAUAGAUGGCGGUAGUAUUGGUGGUUUAACAAGUGGAAUUAUUGUUGGUUCCGAUACAACAACAAAUCAUUCAACAAUAACUGGUAUACGUAAAAGUCAUGAUGAUAUACCAAGUUCACCACGUUUAAAUUCAAUUGGUCGUAGUCCAAGUCGUGGUAUGUCACCAAUGUCUAGUCAUCAAGGUUCAUUAAGACGACGUAAUAAAAGUGCCCCAAGAAAUAGUUAUGAAGAUUAUGAAGAACGUGCCAUACCAACUUUAAGGCAUUCACAUACUAAUGAAUUUUUAAGGGAAUGUCAGGGUGCUGCAUUAAUCGAAAAUGAUCGGGGUCGUUCACGUUUAAACGAUCGUGAACGACGUCAAGCAGCUUUACCAAUUUUAAUAUUCGGUACUGAUUUGGUUGAACAAUUUUACUCUCGUCAAUUUCAAGAUCGUGAAGAUGGUCUUGCUAGACUUCGUUCAUGGCUUAAAGGAAAAGAAGGUGAUUGCAGUUCUGGUCCUAAUAAAAUAGCACGUAGCGCUGCACUUCUUCUUCAUCGGGCUGUUCGUGAUGCUGUUUACUCUGUAUUUAGUCAAGCAACAGAGACUGUUCGUGCAUUAUUUUUAGAAUUUGUACCAGGUCGUGUUUCAGCAAGUGAAGUUGCAAGAUGUGUUGAUAGAUUAUUACCAGAAUUAUUAGCAAAAAGUGGUGAUCCAUCGGCAAGAAUUCAUACAUUAGCACAACAUACUAUAUUAAGUAUAGCAGCAUGUCCAGAAGUACGUGAACAACAUUUAGUAGCUCCUGCUUUAUCACGUACAGUUGGCUCAGGUACACAUCCAAGAUUAGCUUUAAGUCGAAUGCAAAUGUUAGAACAAUUAGUUCUAAGUCAAGGUAUUAGUACAGAUAAACAUAGUGGUUUAACAUGCAGAGCACUUUCAGAAUGUGGUUGUUCUGGUAUACAUCAUCCAGCUGAACCAGUUCGAAAAGUUGCUGAACGUAUCCUAUUAUUAGUUUAUAAAGUUAAUCCAAGAUUAGUGAGGAAACAAUUACCUCCAGAUGACGAUAUAACAAGACGAAAUUUACUUUAUCGACAAUUAUUUACUGAAUUUGAUAAAUUGGAUAUGCAAAGAAAAAAAGAAAUGUUAGAAGCUAAUAAAACAAUAGUUGGUUUAAAUGAUCCCAUGUCACCAUCAUCGCAUAAAAGUGAUAAGGAUCGUGGAUCACCAUUUAGUAGUACAAAUGGUGAAGGAAAAUCUUCAAUGAGAAAUGUUCACUAUGAUAGCCAUCAAAGUACAAGAACUCCAGAACCACAUUCAAGUCCAAUGAGACGUUCUGAAACAAGAAUAUUAAAAAGUAAAAGUGGCACAUCUUUACAUGGUAAUAAUGGAAUUGAUAGUAAUGGUGUAAAUACACCAGCAAGAGCAUGUAAUGGAAAACAGGAUAUUUAUAGUGAUAAAAUCAAGAAAUCAUUAACAAAUUCUGAGAGAAGCUCGAAUUCAAAUUCCGAAUCAUUAGAAGAUUCCGAUGUUAUACGGUGCCCAUUCUGUAAUUGGAGUUGUCACGGUGAUCAAACUCAAUUAGACAAACAUUAUUGGAAAGUUUGUCCGUUCCUAACAAAAUGUCCUCAAUGCAGUCAAGUUUUAGAAGUUGCAGCAUUAAAUUAUCAUUUAACAAAUGAAUGUGAAGCCAAAAAUAGUUAUGUUACUUGUGAAAGAUGCACUGAAUCAGUUCAUAAACAGCUCAUGGAUUUGCAUAUGAUGGAAGAUUAUUGUAGAGAACUUAAAACUGGAGCAGCACGAUGCCCUUUAUGCCAUGACGAUGUCAAUUUACCAUUGGAUGGUGGAUGGAAAUUACAUUUGCUAACAUCAUCUGGAUGUCCUGGAAAUGCUAGACGUCGUUCAAAAAUGUAAAAUGACCUCAGAAAUUCAAGAAAAUAAAUUUAAUACUAAAAGAAUUUAUUUAUUAUUAAAAUUUAAAUAAUUAAAUUAAUAUUUAAAAAAAAUAUUUUCUAUACUUAUAUUACAAUAAAAAAAAAAAAACAAAUUUUUAAAAAUUAUAAAAAAAAUAAACAAAAUUUAAUAAUUAUGUAAUUUAGCAUAAAAAUUUGAAAUUAUAUAAAAAUAAUUCUUGCCUUCUA